UCGGACCGACCGGAUACGGUGUUGUUGUUAGUCCAAAACGGAACAUGAACUCGGCUAACAGAUGUGAAAAUUAGCGCUUUUAGUGUGUUUGUUUUGAUUAGUAAGGUGGAGGCCGGAGAGGAGGUAGCAUUUUUUUUUAACUGACUGUGUGCCGUGUAAUGAUCAGAAAUGAGCGUCACGUUGGAUAUAAGGCUGAAAAGAGCAAACAAAGUUUAUCUAGAAGGGGAAACAGUGGCUGGUGUCAUCCUGCUGGUUUGUAAGGAGGCACUGCAGCAUCAUGGCAUCUCUCUGAGCAUGGAGGGAGUCGUGAAUCUGCAGCUGAGUUCCAAGAGUGUCGGUGUCUUUGAGGCUUUCUACAACUCUGUCAAGCCCAUCCAGCUGAUCAGCAGUAACAUUGAAGUGGCCAAGGCUGGAAAAAUCCCUGGAGGAAAGACUGAGAUUCCCUUUGAGUUCCCUCUGCACACCAAAGGCAACAAAGUGCUGUACGAGACCUACCACGGAGUCUUUGUCAACAUUCAAUACACCCUCCGCUGUGACAUGAAGCGCUCCCUGCUGGCCAAAGAUUUGAGCAGGAGCUGCGAAUUCAUCGUGCACUGCCAGCCUCAGAAAUCUAAAGUCAUCCCCACACCGGUGAACUUCACCAUCACUCCGGACACUCUGCAGAGCCGCGAGAAAAAUUCACUUCCCAAGUUUCUCAUCCGAGGACAUUUAGAUGCCACCAACUGCGUGAUCAGCCUGCCGCUUACUGGAGAGGUGGUGGUGGAAAACUCGGACGUCCCCAUAAAGAGUAUUGAACUGCAGCUGGUACGGGUGGAGACCUGUGGCUGCGCUGAGGGUUACGCCAGAGACGCCACAGAGAUCCAGAACAUCCAGAUAGCUGAAGGUGACGUCUGCCACAGCCUCGCCAUCCCCAUCUAUAUGAUCUUCCCCAGACUGUUCACCUGCCCCACGCUGGAGACAACAAACUUCAAAGUCGAGUUUGAAGUCAACGUUGUCGUCGUGCUCCAUGAUGAUCACCUGAUCACAGAGAACUUUCCUCUGAAGCUGUGCAGACUCUGAACUUAUCAUUUCUGAGAGAAGCUCAGAGACCUUCACACUUCUCAUCCUGCAACAAACUCGUCUGCCUGAACAGAUUAUUCAACAUGCAACUGAAGCUGGAGAAAUUAUUCAAACCUUCAGAGACCUCCCUAAUAAUACAUGUUAAUGUGACCAAACUCUUUUCUUUUUAAAGUUUUAUUUCAGUUUAAUAAAUUUCUCUUUUGAAACUA